AUGGAUCUCCGCGAGAACAUGACUCCAGCCCAGUGGGCUCUGGGCAAUGCCUACGUCCGCCUCACUACCGCACGUAAGCUUCUCAGAAGCACCAAGAAGAUCCCCUACUCUGAGCUAUGCGAAGCCCGCUGCAUCAUUCACGUCAAGCCCAGUGGCAAGGCCAAACUGGCCAACUGCAGGUUCAUGGGACCGCUCCCCAUCUCUGUGGAUCUCACAGCCUUGCAGAACCAUCACCAGCCUGCAACUGGUGGCGGCGCAGAAAACAUCCAGCCAGACCAGGUGGGCUCUCAGACUGCUCAAGAACAGGCUCACCCAUCCCCUGCCCCCACGCUGGCAGCAGACCCUUCAGUCAAUCACCGCUCUACCGAGUCCCUCGCAUUGUCUGACAGUGAGGCCGACUUCGAGCACGAAACUCUGCCUCCGGCCAUGGCACCGUCCAUGACGAUCACCGACAUCUCUACACAAUACGCUUCUUCAACAAACAAAAUGGUUGAGAUGCAUGCAAACCCUCUCAAGAAUAGACAGGUCUUCGUCAUGGGUCAUCAUGCAGAGCCCUCUGGAUCCUGUGGUCAGCUCCAGGAGCUGCAGGAAGCAGAUGAAACUACAAUUGACUCUCAGCUCGCUCAUCAUGGCAACUCCAACACCAUUGAAGGCGGUGUUGCAUCGUCUGCUGGCCUUCCUCGGGCUGAUCACGACAACACGGUUUACACUUCUACUACUGCUACGGGCGUCCACCCAGAGACAACUUCGGAUAUCCCCUUUUCGCAGCAAGUUCACAGCUUCAUGCACCAUUCAUCCAACGGCAAUGACCAGGCUAGCGAGGCUGGAGGCCCGCAGCUGCCGACUCAUCUGGCUCUGGGCAAGGCCAAGUCUUUCCGACAGCAUCGAAGAACAAAUGCGAUCAAUGACGUGGACGCCAUGGUCAAAGCAGUCGGCGGUAAUGUCCAGGAAUUCCACAAGGAAGACGCACGCCAGACAUUGGAGCGUGGUAUGGGCCUGCACAGAGCGGCCACUGUCGCUCACAAGCCCGAUGCUGCACACAAUGGUGCACAACGCACGUUCUCGCAGGCCAAGAAGCAGCUCCGCUCUGGCAACGUCCCGCCUGAGAGUGAGGAUGCGAAGAAGGCUCGGGAAUCUGAACAGCGAAAGCAGCACCACCGCAACAUGGCUGCCCAGAAGCUCAACGGCACCUACAACGAGCAGGACCAGCCCUCCACCUCCCAGCACAGAAUGAGCUCAACUGACAGUGAGGACCCUUUCGCGAACUUCUCUGGCUUCUCGCCUGCUGCGCCUGAACUAAACCAUCAAAACGCCUCUGCAGACUCCAGACUUGGUAGUGACCCCAUCCGCCGGGACUUUUCUCUUCGGGCGCAUGAGGAACCUCGUGUCCGGCAGCUCAUCAGCGACAUUGGCCCCUCGCGCCUUUCCUUCUCAAACAGCAGCCGGGAUUCAGCGGUCGUUGAGGAGUCAAUGGCGUUCUCUGAGAGACACCGCGCCUCUGCCGCUACAGCUCCUAUCACGUAUGAGUCAUCGCCCGCCUCCCGCAGCUCAGCCAUGCCUGCUCGGGUCGACAUUCCAGGCUUCAACAACGAGCAGUCAUACAACGCAGCAGUAACCAGCAUGAACCAGCUCAACGGCGCCAGUCCCACCCAGUCCUCUGCCGCCGGGACCGCAGCUUCUGGUGGUCUUUGCAUUACUCCUUCCAUCACGAAGAAAUGCAACAACGCCGCCCGCAAGAUUGUCGGCAGCAACUUCGCCGCCCUCUCGAGCGCUGCAUACGAAGCUCGUGCAGACGACCGCAAGAAGUCUGCCGAGAUCGAGCAGAAGAUCACACAGCGCCGUGAGAAUGCUGAGCAGGGUGUCGAGGACGCGAAAGCUGAGGCGCGUCGUCCCAAGACCACUCCGUACCCGAGCGAGCUCGCCCGUCUUGAGGAGGAAGCCCGUAAGGAACGCUUCCGCAAGAAGCGUCCAGACUUCUGGUGGUGA